AUGGCAGGAGCUGUGCGCCAACCUAUAGAUAUUCCCUCGUUGGAGCGGUACAUUGACCAAACUGUACCAGAGCUCAAGACUCCACUCGAUGUCAAACAGUUCGGUUUCGGCCAAUCUAACCCUACCUACCUCCUUACCACCGCCGAUGGAAAGCAAGUUGUUCUGCGGAAGAAGCCUCCUGGCAAGCUGCUCUCCAAGACAGCUCACAAGGUGGAGCGAGAGUACAAGAUCAUUCGGGCUUUAGGGGAUACCGAUGUCCCAGUUCCCAAGGCAUACUGCCUAUGCGAAGACAAUGCCGUCAUCGGAACACCGUUUUAUAUCAUGGAGUUCCUGGACGGGCGACACUUUACCGACCCAGCCAUGCCUGGAGUGAGCGGCGAGGAGAGGAACGCACUAUGGAAGAAUGCAGUGCAAACCCUAGCCAAAUUCCACAGCGUAAUCCCCAAGACCGUCGGACUCGAGACAUUCGGCAAACCAAGCGGCUUCUUCGACCGCCAAAUCGCAACCUUCACCACCAUCUCCAACGCCCAAGCCCAAGUGCUAGAUGUUGACACCAAAGAACCCGUCGGCGAACUCCCCCACUUCAAGGACAUGGUAACCUUCUUCUCCAACAAGAGCACGCAACCCCGCGACCGGGGCACCCUCGUGCACGGCGACUACAAAAUCGACAACAUGAUCUUCCACAAGACGGAGCCCCGCGUCAUCGGAAUCCUAGACUGGGAAAUGGCCACGGUCGGGCACCCGCUGUCGGACUUUUGCAACCUAACCAGUCCCUACAUAAUGGAAGGCGCCGACUCGCAGCUGGAACAAUUCAAACCAGGCGUGCUGGCCGGGCUGCCCACCCGUGCGGACUGCAUUCGCUGGUACGCCGAGGUAUCCGGGUACGACACUCGAGGGGAUAUCGCCUGGGGGGGAUGCGUUCUUUGCUUUCCGGGGAUCCGUGAUUAUGCAGGGCAUAGCGGCCCGGUUUGCGGGGCGGCAGGCCAGUAG